AGAGAGCUAGCUAGUGGCUGUAGCCAGUGUGAAAGCAAUGCCAGAUGAGGUGUGAAUUGUGAACCAAAGGGAACAUAUGAGAGUUUGACACAUUGCUUUGCAGAGAGAUGGAAAGUGAAAGAGAUAAGAGUGUGAGCGAGAGAGAAAUCAAGAAGAAAUAAAAGGAGACAGCCAAUAAGAGGAGAGGGCGAAAAAGGGGUCGUUGACAGACAGCGAAUUGGAAACCUUGUCGUGUCUGCUUAACAUUGAAUGGUUGCCUCUUCAGAUUUGGCCAUUUUCACCUGGCAAAGAUGGACAAGGCCAGCAUGAGCCCCAAGAAGACUUUCGUGUCCACUUUUCGGAUGAAUUUUAAGCCUGCCGCCCCUCAGUGUGUGUUGAAGGGGAUCAAGAAUGAGCUGGAGGACAGGGACACUGCUCAGGGGGGUAGCAGCAAGCAGAGAACCAUAUCAACAGAUAUCACCUCAAAAAAACGAGUCUCCACUGAAAAGGGUCCCCUGCUGGAGUUUCUUGACCCCCAAGAGCAGCUGGAGGUGCGGGUGGGAGGGCAGGCCAGACUCCACUGUGCCUUCAGGAGCUGCAGUGUUCCUGUGGCUUCCUGCUGGAUCUACAACAGAGAGCAGGUGGUUGCAGGCAGGCCGAGGACUCGUGUAGAGAGCAGUGACACUGACAGCAGUGUGGAGAUAUCUCAGGCUUGUCCGGACGAUGCGGGUACAUACACUAUAUUGGUGCGGAAUCGCAGGGGCUUGGCUCAGCACACAGUCACCCUCAAUGUUAUCGACCGGCCUCACCCUCCGGCAUCUAGUCCCAUGGUCUCCCAGCUCUCCUCCUGCUCCCUGGUCCUGUCAUGGUCGGGGCCCAGCUACGACGGGGGCACUGCCGUCACAGGCUACGCGGUGGAGGUGAGACGAGAAGGCACUGAGAAGCCUGAGGACUGGACUGAGGUGACGACCCGUUGCAAGAACACCUCAUACCGGAUCCGCUCGGUCCUGGAGCCCCUGGGGGAGUACCGCUUUCGCGUUCGGGCCUACAAUUUGGCAGGUGUCAGUGAGCCGAGUGAGGUGUCGGACUGUGUCAAGAUGGACACCAGAGGAGAGACAAAAGAGGAAUCCCAAUCGUAUGUGACUGUCACCAUUGACACCACGCACAAAGUCAAGGAUCAUUACAAUGUGCAUGAGAAGCUGGGAGUGGGGAAGUUUGGCCAGGUGUUCAGGCUGAGUCACAAGGAGACAGGUCAGGUGUGUGCAGGGAAGUUCUACCGGGCCCAUAGCUCCAAGGCGAAGGCUUUGGCGCGCAGGGAGAUCGAGCUGAUGAACUAUCUCCACCACCCCAAGCUGGUGCAGUGCCUCGGGGCCUAUGACACCCGCUCCGAAAUCAUCAUGGUGAUGGAGUACAUUGCCGGCGGGGAACUGUUUGAGCGCAUCGUGGACGACAACUUUGAGCACACGGAGCCUACCAGCGCACGCUACAUGCAACAGCUCCUGGAGGGCAUGCAGUACAUCCACCGGCAGAACAUUGUCCACUUGGACCUCAAGCCAGAAAACAUUGUGUGUGUGGACACCACGGGCACGCGGAUUAAGAUCAUCGACUUUGGCCUGGCAGCCAAGCUGGAGCCUGGUACUCCACUGAUGGUGAUGCAUGGGACGCCUGAUUUUGUGGCCCCUGAGGUGAUCAGCUACGAGCCGGUGGGGUUGGCCACUGACAUGUGGAGCAUCGGAGUCAUCUGUUUCAUCUUACUGAGCGGUGAGUUGCCCUUCCAAGGUAACAGUGACGCAGAGACCCUGAGCCUGGUGACGGCCGCCUGCUAUGAGUUUGACCAGGAAAGCUUCGAGGACAUCUCGGACCAGGCUAAAGACUUCAUCACCUCUCUGCUCAAGAAGGACACAAGGUGUAGGCUGUUGUGUGACGAGGCCCUGGCCCACCCCUGGAUGGCCUCUUUUACCCUUCUGGUCCGCCGGCCCACCAAGGUCCUCAAGAAGGACAAGAUUCGACGUUUCUUGGCCAAGCGCAGAUGGAAGAAAACAGGCAAGGCUGUCCUGGCACUGCAGAGGAUGGCAAACCUUACCAACGGAUCUGACUCUCCUGGCAGCCCUGGGGAGGAGGCUAGCUGGAGCCCGGCAGCAGAGCAGGCCAUUCAAACCCUGGAUCAGGAGCUGCAGAGCGAACCCCGCUUCCAGCAGGUCCUAAGGGACACCAGCCAGCCGCGUGGAUCUACCGCCCGCCUGGCCUGCCGUGUCCAGGGCUAUCCGGAGCCGGAGGUGGUGUGGUUUAAGGAUGAGGAGCCUGUGGAGUCGUCGUCGCGGGUCACCGUGGAGUACGACGGCAUGUGUGAGCUGGUCCUGACUGACCUGGGACCUGCCGACUCUGGGGUUUACAAGUGCAGAGCCACCAACGACCUAGGGGAGGCGCUGUGCUCGGCCAAACUUACCGUGGAACUGUAGCCUGAAAACACAAAACAACAUCUGGAUCUCUAAUCUCCACCUAUUUCUCCAAAGUGUGCACUUUACGUUAUGGAUUUAACAAUGGCGGAAACUCCCUAGUAGCCGAUGAUAACACCAAUCCAAUGUUUUGAAUCCAUAACGGGAAGUGUGGAAGUGCACACUUUGGGAGAAGGGUGCGGAAUCGGGAUGUAGCCUACAAUCAAUGUUGGGGAAGCUACUCUGAAAAGAUAGUUUACCAAACUAUCAAUUACUUCACACUGGAAGAAGUUACGCUACAAAUUUCAAGAACCGAUCACUCGUGUUAAUAGAAUGUUUUUGUGCUUAAUAGGACAAAUUACACAAUGUGUCAAGUGAGAAUUGGACAGGUCUGAUGUCGAAAAGGAAAUUGCCUACUUCACCCAUAUUUUAGCAAAAUAAAGUGUGUAGUAGUUAGCUAAAUGGCAAAAAAAAGUAAUUAACUGCUGAAACCACUAUCAAGAUUUUAAUUUAGCUUAACUACUACCAAGCUACUGCAAAAUAUAGUUUAAUUAGCAAUUGAACUACAACGCAAUCUAGAAGGUGACCUUGGUCUAAAAUGUAGAAUUGUUGUGAACUGCUCUGAGGUGGAAGAACUGAACCAGUGAAAGCAAAUUCAAGGGUGUUCAUUAGGACACUGUACAGAGAGUACCUGUUUACAUGCCAUUUCUUUGUUGUUGCUUUUUCAGUUUUUUGACCCUGGGAUAGAUUGACCACUCAUAUAAAAUCAAAUUUAUUUAUAUAGCCCUUCGUACAUCAGCUGAUCUAGAGUGCUGUACUCAAAGUGCUGUACAGAAACCCAGCCUAAAACCCCAAACAGCAAGCAAUGCAGGUGUAGAAGCACGGUCGGUCAUGUUUCUUUCCCAUCUCCUAUGACUUCCGGUCAUUGCAAGAUGUAGGAGAGAUGAGAAGGCCACUUUAGACUUGCAAUACGGUCAUUGUUAAAAUGUCCAUGGAUGUCAAGGGUGGCUCAAAAACAAUAGAAUACACAAUGGGCUGAACUGAGGUCUAAAAAUGUAACAGUAAGGCUAAAUGUAUAGCAAGGGCAAACUAAGAAAUGACAAGUGCACAAGGAUGGGUAAAUUCACUAUUGCAUGUUGACUUUUGUCAUGACUUCCAGACAGUAAACUGUUCCUCAAUGGUGCCUCUCGCAGCUAGAAGCACAAGGAGGGUGUAGAAAGUUCAAAACGCACCACUUUCCAUUCACUUUGAUUCAGUUCUGACACUUCAUUUGAUACACUAACUUUCAAUACCAGCAAAGUACAAUGCUAAACCAAACCCCUUGACUUUUCCCACAUUUUGAUACAGCACGAAUUUAAAAUGUAUUGAAUGUUUAUUUCUUUCAAAAUACCCCAUAAUGUUAGUGGAAUUAUGUUUUUAUAAAUGUUAACAAAUGAAUGAAAAGCUGAAAUGUCUUAAGUAUUAAACCCUUCGUUAUAGCAAGCCUAAAUAAGUUCAGGAAUAAAACUUUGUUUAACAAGUCACAAGUUUUAUGGACUCUCACUGUGUGCAAUUAUAGUGUUUAACAUGAUUUUUGAAUGACUACCGUAUCUUUGUACGGUUCCUCAGUCAAGCAGUGUAUUUCAAACAGAUUCAACCAAAGAUCAGGAAGGUUUUCCAAUGCCUGGCAAAUGACACCUAUCGGUAGAUGGGUUAAAAAGAAAAGCAGACAUUGAAUAUCCCUUUGGAUGGUGUAUCAAUACACCCAGUCACUACAAAGAUACAGGUGUCCUUCCUAACUAAGUUGCCGGAGAGGAAGGAAACCACUCAGGGAUUUCACCACGAGGCCAAUAGUUUAAAAACAGUUAUAAAAUAAUGGCUGCGAUAAGAUAAACUGAGGAUGGAUCAACAACAUUGUAGUUACUCCGAAAUACUAACCUUAUUGACAAUGAAAAAAAAAAAGAAAGGCUGUACAGAAUAAAAAUAUUCAAAAACAUUCAACAAGUUACUAAAGUAAUACUGCAACAAAAAAACACGGCAAUGCAAUUCACUUUUUGUCCUGAAUAGAAAGUGUUAGUAGUAUUGGAUUUGCCCAACAUAUGAGUACCACUUCCCAUAUUUUCAAGCAUUGUGUUGGCUGCAUCAUGUUAUGGGUAUGCUUGUAAUAAUUAAACUGGGGAGUUUUUCAGAAUAAAAAAGAAACUGAAUGGGGCUAAGCAGGCAAAAUUCUAGAAUAAAACCUGGUUCAGUCUGCUUUCCACCAUACACUGGGAGAUUAAUUCACCUUUCAGCAGUAAUAAUCUAAAACGUAAGGCCAAAUCUAUACUGGAGUGGCUUACC